CCAGAGACUCGCAACUUUUUUAAACAGAAUAGUACUAGUGGACAAAAGAUACGGCUUUUUAUCUCCACUCAAUAUAAUUCCUGUUUUAGUCUUUAGAGAGGAAUGCGGGGCAACAGGGGAUUGUCGGUCUUGGCUGAUCUCGACAAGGAAUCAACAACCCGAAGUCGAAUCGUCAAUACAGUUUCUCAACCGUUAACGCCCACUCAAAGAUACCCUCGAUGCCCGUAGUUCAUCAGAGAAUCCAUCUUCCCCCAAACAAGAUCAAAGAAAAAAUGGUUCUCCUAUCCGCAAUACACCGGUUCGCCUCCGAGAUCGCUCUCUUCGUCACCGGCCAGCCUUCGAAAGAAUGGCUGGCCAAAGCCAAGAAACAAGCCGACGAUGGGGACGAGAGCGGAACCGCAACACUCACUAUCAUAGGUAAUGAGGGGCAAUUCACAGGAUGGUGCAUCCAGAAGUUGGGCGAAUACCUCAUCAAUAACUUUGCGGACCCGGAGUGCCCGGUGGCUUGUGGUUCGUUCGCCGUAGCAGAUGAAGAGAGCGAGGAGACGGAUUCCUUCCUCUUGGUCGAGUUAACUCCUCGAUACCUCCCAAUCCUGGGCGAUCGGAAAAUUGUGAUUGAAGGAACGAUGCGCGUAGGACCAAAAUAUGGAGUUGGAAUGCCUGUGAUCUUUCACGGCGGAAUAAAGAGUAUUGGUAUCUUUUCUGGGGAGCCCAGAGACAUUCUCCGACAAUAACUGGAGUACAGAGGGGCGGGGGUAGAUUUCAUUCAUCAGUGCCUUUCCUGCGAGAUUUCCGGGAACUUGUCUUACAAUUAUCUGUGACGGUAGAGAGAGUCCAAGUGAUCCAGAAUACAAUAGUGACACUCACCGUAGUCUCCGAGAAAUAAUGCCUUUUAUACCACACCACUACUGCCGCUAGGAUGCGAGUAGACAAUGAUUACCCUCUCGCACUCUAAGCAAAAUGUGAUGAUCAUCUUAGUAUAACACAUUCCGAGUCAAGGAAUGUGAG